GUUUAUAAAAACAAUCACUGCUCCCUGAUAAAAGCAGCCCUAAUCCUCGGAGAAAGCAAGGAGUCACAAAAGCAGCAUCUCCUCCAGGAAACUCUAGCUCAGCUGAAAAGUUCACAGAGGUAGCUUUGGUACUUGGUUCUCUACCUGAUCACUCGAAGUGGAGCAGCCAGAAUCUGAAUCAGUCCCUUCAAACACGGUGAUGAAUGGUGUGAUCAAGCAGGAUCGCUCAGACCAGAAAAGUGCACCAAGUGGAAAUGAAGAAGAAAAGACAUCCAAAGAAAAGGCUGCCAGUGAAGUGAGGGAUGGCACCAAGCUCCAGUCACCACCGUUCGCAGAGAGGAAGAACGUUUUACAGCUACGGCUUCAGCAGAGAAGGACCCGUGAACAGCUGGCAGACCAGGGAAUUAUGCCACCACUGAAAAGCCCAUCUGCAUUCCAUGAUCAACGAAAAAGUCUGGAGCGAGCCAAGACUGAAGAUUAUCUCAAGCACAAGAUCAGAAGCAGGCCUGAGCGAUCAGACCUGAUCAAUAUGCACAUUUUACAAGACUCAGCUGCAGAAGGGUCCAUUCAGUCUACUCAAAUGAAGCUGAAAAGAGCUCGACUGGCAGAUGAUCUCAAUGAAAAGAUUGCCCUUAGGCCAGGUCCUUUGGAGCUGGUGGAGAAGAAUAUUAUUCCUGUCGACUCAGCUGUGAAAGAGGCCAUAAAAGGUACCCAGGUGAACUUCUCCAAGUCAUCUGAUGCAUUUGCAUUCGAGGAGGAUAGCAGCAAUGAUGGCCUGUCCCCGGAGCAGGCCAGGAGCGAGGACUCCCAGGGCUCCACAGAAUCAUCAGCAGGCACCAAACCCUCAGAGCCAGCCUCCUCUGCCACCUCGGGAACACCCCAGGAUCACCCCCACGGCACUGACAGCAACGCAACUGACCUGGCCUCUGGGCAGAGCAGCCAGUGUGACAGCCCCAAGCAGGCGCAGGGGCAGGACAGCCCACCGCUCCCUGUGCCCUCUGUGGUGAAGUCCAAAUCAUCCAGUGAUAGCAAGAACCGUCACAAAAAGCCCAAGGACACCAAGCCCAAGGUGAAGAAGCUGAAAUAUCACCAGUAUAUCCCUCCAGACCAGAAGGCAGAGAAGUCCCCUCCACCCAUGGACUCUGCAUAUGCCAGACUCCUCCAGCAGCAGCAGCUAUUUCUGCAGCUCCAGAUCCUCAGCCAGCAGCAACAGCAGCAGCAGCAGCAGCAGCAGCAGCAGCAGCAGCACUUCAGCUACCCAGGGAUGCACCAAGCCCAACUAAAGCAAUCAAAUGAGCAAAUGGCCAAAAGUUCAAACUCUUCAUCAACUUCUGUCAACAACUCCCCUCUGUCUCCUGUGAAAUCCACCUUUUCAGGCCAGACUUGCAUCUCAUCUAUCAAGCCAGGCCCUUUGCCAUCUAACCUGGAUGACCUGAAAGUGUCAGAAUUGAGACAGCAGCUGCGAAUAAGAGGCCUGCCUGUAUCAGGUACAAAAACAGCAUUAAUGGAACGUCUGCGGCCCUUCCAAGAGUGCAGCAGCAACACAGUACCAAACUUCAGUGAGAUAACAACUGUCACCUUCCCAGUCACUCCAACAAGCACCUUGUCAAGUUACCAGUCUCAGUCCUCCACCAGCAUGUUAUCGAACGGCUUCUACCACUUUGGCAGCACCAGCUCCACCCCACCCAUCUCCCCAGCCUCCUCUGACCUCUCUGUGAGCGGCUCUUUGCCAGACACGUUCAACGAUGGGCCCAUGUCUUCUCCACAGUUUGGUCUGCAGCCAUCACCGGUUCAUGGCAGUGCCGAAGAAAGUCUCAUGAGCAGCAUGAAUGGAGGGAAUAUCCAGCUGGAGCUGGAAGGGAUUGACACAGAGAAAGACAAGAUGCUUGUGGAGAAGCAGAAGGUCAUCAAUGAACUGACGUGGAAGCUGCAGCAAGAGCAGAGGCAGGUUGAAGAGCUACGGAUGCAGCUCCAGAAACGAAAGAGAAGCAAUGGCCUUGAGGAGAAGCAACAGUCCACUCAGCAUUUCUUUGGGGUUCCCAUCAAGCAAGAAAACACAGUGUCCAGCUGCCCGUUUGCAUCUAAACAAACUGCCUUGAAAGGCCAAGCCAGCAGCUCAGAUAAGUUAAGUAACUGUGGGGUGCCACAGCUGCCUCACAUUGUAAAUAGCCACUGCUUGGAACCUGCAGGCCAGAGCACCAUCACUUCCUCGACAUUUCUUAGCCCGCAGUGCUCCCCCCAGCACUCUCCACUCGGGGCUGCAAAAAGCCCACAGCACAUCAGCCUGCCGCCAUCCCCUAACAGCCACUAUCUCCUCUCAUUGUCCCCGGGCUCACAGGCAGAAGGGCGCAGCGGGUCCCCGCAGACCAACAAUUGCCUUCGCACAGCAUCGAUGGCUACGCAGGCAGGUCAAAAGUUUUCUAUUCCAUCCCCAAGUUUUUGUAAGUCAAGCCCAGCCCUCUCAGAGGUAAAGCAGCUUCCAUCCUAUGAGGAUGCAGUAAAGCAGCAGAUGACACGAAGUCAGCAGAUGGACGAACUCCUGGACGUGCUGAUUGAGAGCGGAGAAAUGCCAGCCAACGCCAAGGAUGAUCGUUCCUGCCUCCAGAAAGUACCUCAGAUAACGGUGUCUACAGGGAACUCCAGCACUUCACUCUCAAAAUCAUCUGCCCCAUUUGAACAGGUCUCCUCAGCCCAGCUCUCAUUUGAGCACUGCCCAGGCAGCAGCGACACUCACCUCGAAGUCUUACUGAACGCUCACAGCCCACUAGGCAGAGUCGGAGAAAUUGCCCUGCUGAAGAUGGGAGGAGAAGAGUCCCACUUCGAAGGGAUGAUAGAGGGCUUCUCUGGCAAAGCCACAGAUGAACUGCUCACCUCCCAGGAGAUUUUACAGACUCCCCUCUCACCCAUGGAAACCCAACUCUCCCCUUCCCCUGGUGACGGCUCUGGUUUACAAAUGAGUUUCACUGAAUCUCCAUGGGAGACUAUGGAAUGGCUGGAUCUAACCCCCCCCAGCUCUGCCACAGGCUUUGGCUCUCUUACCCCUGCAGGUCCCAGCAUCUUCAACAUUGAUUUCUUAGAUGUUACUGAUCUCAAUCUAAACACCAGCAUGGACCUUCACCUACAGCAGUGGUGAAAGGGAGGAUGGUGGAAGCAGGAUACUAUAUGCCCACAGCAGCCAGCACAGUGUUUCCAUCAUGCCAGAGAACCCACAGGGCUAAUGUAUCACAUUCAGGAGAAACUGGAGUCAUUUUCCCAGCAUAUAACUUGUUCCAAUUUCCAGGUACUGCUAAUUGACAGCACAAUAGCUCUGGUACUUUGGUUUUCCGCCAUCUACAUAUCCCCUCAAAGGAUACUAGUGCCUUUAAAAACAACACUUCUCUAGAUUGACAAUUUGCUAGAACUUCAAUUUUGUUUCUUCUGUCUUUUUUCCCCCAGUUUUAGGAGUCACUCCCAUGAGAACGGGAGCAGCUCAUAAGAAAACUGUGUGGUGAGGAGAACUCACCUGGGAAGCAGCAGAAGUCAUUCAGAGGAGGGCCUAUUGCUAUGCCAUUCCCUACUCCCCUCCUGCUCUGCUAGCCCCUUAGGCAAUAGUGCAAGGCACAUCUUAGCCAUGCUGAGGCCAGGAGGUGCAGGAGCAGGGAGGCCCAGACACUCUAUCUAGCCCAGGGCAACAAGUGCACUUCUCUGUACUGACAGACUCACUUGCCUUACUUCCUUCCUCCUAUCCCAAAGGCCUGAAAGCCAUGUUGCCCUAGUCCCUGCACAGCUGUGCUCCAGGUGGGUGAGAUAUGGAGCCUGUCAUGUUUAUGGUGGCACUUAGUAAUGUGCACACAGUGCCCAGUGGGAUGAAAACUAGAGAGCAGUCCCAGCUGCAGCCUGAACUGAAUCAGGCUGAAGCCUGUGACCUUGAAACAGAGAGCUCUGGAUGCUGUAGGCAGCUGCUCAGGCUGCAGAUGCAGGUGUUGAAGGGAAUGGCAUUCAGAUAGAGCUGCCAUGUCCCCACUAACGUGACACAGAUAAAGAGAUGUGUAAUGUGUUUUGGCCCAAGUUCAGGAGCAAGUCAUAUGGAAAAUACCGCAAAGCUUUGUAGGGGCCGUCCUCUGCACGGCUAGAAGAAACAAUGGAUCUCCGCCACCCUGCAUGACCUGGGAGCCAGGGGAGCCAGAAAUAGCAACUGAGCUACCUAUAUGUGGGACAGGGUCGAACAGGUCCUUGUGUGGCCAUGGUUUUGUGUGAGCAUCUGAUUUGUAGUCUCCGCUCCUCUGCACCCAUUCCUUCUUCCUUCCCCCCAUUCUUCCUUGUUCUCCAGUAGAUUCUCCUCUUUUCUGAAUAUAUUCCUGCGUCACUGUUCACUCAGCUCAGAGCAAGGCCGUCUGGAGAACAGCUGUGAAUCACUGAGCCUAGAGGAGCUUGUUCUUCUGAAGACAGCGGCGAUGGAUGCUCUCCUACAGUGAUGCCUUCAGUUUGAAGUCACCAGCAUUUCUCGUACAAGUCUCUGUGCAAUAUACUUCCUCAGGCUCUACUGAGAAGGAGCCUUUGCUUCACUUCUUGGCUUCCACCAAAGAACUUGCUGCAGACUGUUUGACGGACACAUCUACUUCUUUGCAAUUCUGGUUUUGCCAAAGUAAAUAUUGUUGCUGACAAAGAUUGUUAAACUAUUUACAGACUGAGUGUAUUUAAUAUUUGUGUUACUGGAAGGACAGCACAAUGGAGAUGCAGCAGCUGGGGAGGAGGUCCAGCAUGAGGGGCUUGCAGGCAAUCUGGCCAGCAGCUCCUGCAGCGUGCUCCACUCAAAGGGCUGCUGGAGCUGCUAAAGGAGCUCUGCGGCCCCUGCUGUGUCUCCAGUUCAUGGCGUUGUUGCAUGCUGUAUAAAGAACAUGGCAGUAGCUUUUAAAUCACUAUUUAAAGCAUCACUUUCUAUUGUACAAAUGGUCACAGUGCACUGCUAGGAUAGAUGAACACAGGUUGAGAUUUUUUUUUUUUAAAGGAAUUUCUUUUUGUAAGUGAGAAAUUUUUAGAGCCGGUUCAUGGAGAAUAUUAAUAGCACUUGAAUCAGAGUAGUGUUAGCUGCUACACUGUGUAAUUGUACAGGGCUUUCCAGACAAUUUUCUCCUUUCAACAAAUGUAUUUCCUUAUUUAAAGGGAUGCUGUCAGCUUCAAACUUGUAAGCAAGCACAUUUCCUUACCUAUGUUAUCAGCA